AUGGGCAGCUACCUGACCACUCCCAACUCCGCGCCGCCACCUCUCGCCCAGGGGCGCCGGACACCGGGGCCCCGGCCCGCCCCGGCCCAGGACGGCUUGCGGCGCCUCCACAGUGGGCGCUGCCUCCGCACCGGACCCUUCCCCGAGAUGCCGCCAGACUGGGAGCCCGCCAAACCCCAGAGGAUGGUCCCUGAGGCCUGGAGGCGCCUUCCUCCCAAGCUGCCCCCGAAGACCAUCAUGGGGCCGGAUCUUUCCGGUGCAUGGGAGAGCUACAUGAAACGGUGGCUUUGGAGUGCCCGGCACCCAAGACGGAUCUGGAGCCCCGUGACCAUCAAGAUCACGCCUCCUGAACGGAGUGGGAGCCCCGGGGCGUCCUCUGGUCCGGGAGUCCGCUCUGCAGGCCGUCCACCCUCCGAGGAGCGCCCAGACCCCUGUGCCAAGGAGACCGUGCUGAGGGCACUCAGCCAAUGCAAGAAGGGGAACAGGAAGUUUGAUGGGCCGCUCUGGUUUGAGAUUCCAGAGAGCACAACGAGCAGGAGGCGGAACAAAGAGCCCAAGCCAUCGGCCUUCAAGCCCCUGAUCAAAAAUGGAGUGGUCCCUUCCUUUGUGCCCAGGCCAGGGCCUCUGAACAGAAGCCUCCUCUCCUGCAACUACAACGUCUGCAAGGAGAACGCUGAUCCCGGGCUUGAUGUUCUGUCUGGCGCCCCCCCUACUGCCGGGACAGGUCAGUGCAUGCCACAAAUCCUCAGCUAG